GCUCGGAUUAUCAACCAUGUCCCUUCCGCGGCUCAAAAGCAAUCGGGAACGCCGCAAUUUGAGCGUCGAUGCCAACAUCGUAGCCUCUGCGAUGCCGUUGCGGUCUCCUGCGAUGCGUGCCAGUCAACCACCGACAGACCCGAGCAGCCACGUCGCGAGCUCGUACAGUUUGCUGUCCCCUCGCAACUUGCCCGCCAGCGUCGACCGCGAAGCCUCCUCGUCCUCGUCAACAUCGUCCUCAAUAGGGGACGGCGGAGCGCAUCAUGUCAAGGCAUCGUCUGCGUGCUAUUUGGCGUAUGGGAUGGUCGUGUCGUGGAUGUCUAUCGACAGGUCGGGGCUGCUGGCAUCCGAAGGUCUCAACACGUCGGAGCUGCGCAUGGAACCGCUGGCGGUCCACACCAAGCAUGCGCUGGACGCCGUGGACCGAGCGAUGACAUCCAACGGCCAAAGCGCGGUGAAUGUGUCGUGCCAGUUGGUGUCGACGCACUUCAAGGACUGUUUGUUCGAGGUCCUUCCAAAGAUGUCGUAUGACGCCGCCAUUCGUUUCCAUGAUGCCAGAGCCCCAUCCCACCACCACCAGACUGACACAACGGACGCCGCGAUAUUUGCGGACCUCAAGUUCAAAUGCGACUCGGAGCUGCGAUUGAACAGCAACAUUUACCAAAAGUUGCACGGCACGACCGUCAAAUAUGGACAGGUGAUCCAGCUGCGCCAUAUUAAAAGCGGCUUGUUUGUGUCGACGGCUUCUGCCACCACGACCGCGGCUGAUUGCGUCGAGGUGCAGUUGAGUUCUGGGUCGUCGUCGUCGCAUUUUACCGUCAUGCCACGGUUCAAGCUACGAAAGGCCGGAGAGCCCGUGCAGUUGAUCGAUCAGGUUGUGUUGACAAGUGCAGACAAAGUACACAAAAUGUACUCACUGUACGUGUCGAACCGCAAGGCGUCGGCCGAGUCGGCAGCUCUCGUGAUGGCGUCGUCGUCGUUUACGUCGCAGUGGCGCGUAGUUCCGUUCGACGUAACCAACAAGCACGUGUCGACAGUGGACAAAUAUCAGCAGGACUUUAGCCAAGGGCUGCUCAAGGCGGGCCAUUGCGUCCGGUUGUUUCACUUGGAAUUGAGUUCGUGGCUCGGAGGCAGCCAGCCGCGACAUCGCGUGUGCCUUCAAGCGACCAUGGACAACCCCGCCGCCGCCGGCGACCAGCAUCUGCCGUCGCCGCAACGCACCACCGUGUUGGACGAUCCCAAUCAAAUGCUGUCUCCAACGACGUUGUGGGAAGUGGAACGGACGACGUCGUUUCAAGGCGGGGUCUUGACGUGGUCGCACCACAUCUACCUUCGGCAUGUCGUCACGGGCUUGUACUUGGCCGUGGCGGCUCCUCCUCCUCCUCUUGGUGUCUCUAGUACUACUACUAGUCCCGACGCCACCUUUGUGUGCUUGCAGCGAGAGCCAGAACCGUUCGUGUUGUGCCCCACCACUCUGGGGGACUCGCGUUCGUCGGUGGGGCUUCAUAGUGCCGUGCAGUUGCUGCAUCUCAACUCGAGUCGAUACAUCCAUGCCUCGUCACAAGAGCUGGACCACUUGGAAGACGAGCGGCUAGCCGACGACGUUGACGAACGUCGUCACAUAUCGACAUGUCGCGUGACUGCCCUGGCGGACGCGCAGGACCAAGACGCGUUCAAGAUCGUACCGGUGUCGCAGGCCGAGAUGGACAACACGCUGGUCCUGGUGUCAUACAAAAGUGUGUUCGACAGAUUUGUGGCGUAUUUUAGAGACCCCCCGACAGCCCCCCCGGCCGACUCGUCCGUCUUGUUUGCCCAAGUGUGCCGGGCGUUGGACGGGUUGAAGCGGUUCACUGUCAGCGAUGCUGCCCAGGGACUGGAUCACAUGACGGUGCUGAGACAGGCGCUUCUGUGGCAACACCGCUACGUGGCGCUGCUGACGGAUAUGCUCCAAGCCCCGUUCGCGCUCUUUGGGGGACCAUUUACCCUCGACUACGUGUCUUCGUUUUACAUUGAUAAGACACACAAUCCCGACGAGAUUCCGUAUGACGUGGGCGGCAUCGCCAUGACGUUGGACAGCCCCGACAAGAAAUCGAACCCCCAGAAGGAUGGCUCCACGACUGCUUCGGAAGUGUCGUCCUCCGUUGGCGACCUGCCGCCUCCGCUAGGCUUUCGCCUCUCCCUCUCGUCGAUGCACGCGUUGAACCACGUGAUUUGCGAAGUGAAUGUGCUGUUGUUUCGAAUAUUUUACAGCUCGCGGGCGGCGGACGCAGCGUCGUGUCGGCGGGCGAUGCCAGUGCUCGUGCAGUUCUUGGGCCAUCAGUUCCUAGCGUCCGUGCCGCUGGCGUACCUCAUCCAAGAAAAGCUGUACCUGUCCGAGUCGUCGCUGGCGUCGUUUUCGUUGCUGAUUCGCCAUUUUCUCCACCUGAUCAAAACCAAAGGCAAGUCGGCGCGGUACUUGCAAUUCCUUGUCGUUCUGUGCAGCGAGGACGGCCACGCCAUCCCCAAGAUCCAAGAAAAGAUCUGUGAGCUGCUCUUCAAUCCGGUACACGGGUACGCAGGCGCGGUGCUGCUCGAGUCGCGGCCGCUCCCGUCAGGGCGUGGUUUUGAAAUCUGCAUCCCGCCUUCGUCUCCCCAUGCUCCGGACGACGGACAAGGAGGGGGCUCGUGGACGCCAAUGAACGAAUUUUACGAAGCCUACUACGAACAUGGCCAUCACGCGACGCUGGCCCCGUACUUUUACGGGUUGUUGCAACUGUACAGCGCUUUGUGUUUAGACCGCAAUUACACGUGCAUCCACAGCCUCAAGGACAAGUUUCCUCGCUCGUGCCUUCUGGCGACAGUCCAGGACUCGACCUUAUCCCGGUCGAUUCGAGCCGUGCUGCUCAACCUGUUACUUGUUGUGCACGUAGACUGCGAGCCAUUGAAACCAGUGCCAAGUCCGAACUACACGCGCAUUUGGAAGGACGUGGACGCCAGUAGCACGGCCACAAAACAUAUCCCCAUGGCGCAAGAUGUGUGGUACACUGCCCAAGACUGGCUGUUCUUUGACGACCUCCGCGAGUUGGUCGUGGGCCAGCUGCGCAAGACGGACGGACGCAUCGUGAUUGCCGAGUUUCCGCACAACACGAUGCUUCUGGCCGUGUUGCGGACGUGCAAGAAGCUCGUCGAGUGUGGCCUCUUCCGGACGCUGGACACGCUGUCACAGCUGGUGCAGCACCUCGUACGGCUGCUCGACUGCCGGACCGACUCGUUGUCCCCCCAUCAUCCCGUUCCUACGCCCCCCACCUCCAAGUCGUUUCGGGCCCCCUCGGAUGGCACCAUGGCGGUCUCGCCCGUCUUCCAACGGUCGUCCGAGUCGACCAGAUUUGACCUGAAUGCUCAAAACGACAUUAUUCACCACACACAAGGCAACAUGCUGGACGAAGGCAUCCGCCGCGACUCGAUCGAGCGCCAGUAUAGCAGUCGCCCGUCCAAGCGAGUUGAAUCCAAAUCGUUGAACGACCACGAUUUGAGGCCGCGGAUGUGGACGGCGGCCGUACGCGACCCGUCACGUCCACAGUCGUCGUCGUCGUCCCCACCAUCCCAAUUCAAAAUGACCAAGUGGAAUCAAGUGGUGAUGGAGAUCAAAGACGAAGUGUGUGCGAUCUUGCUGCAUAUCGACACAUUUCGGCUGGACCAUCAGAUCUCGACCGUGCUGGGCGUGCUGGCCUCGAGCAAGGAACCCCCAACAACGAUUGACAAGACGAAACCCAAACCGCCGCCGCCAUCGUCGUGGUGGAUUUCGACGCUUUGGGGCACAUCCAGAGGUCCCUCCGAGGUCCAGGAAACACCUGUGAUGCCCUCCACGAUGAUCGCGGACACGUUUGCGCUCUCGUCGCUGGCCCAUCGGCCACUGGAUACGAUUUUGCUGCAAGCGUUAAUGUACGAGCACCCGCCGUUGGUGUCGAAAGCGUUGGAGCUGCUCCUGCAGCAAUUCAACCAGCACGAUCAAGUGAUCAAAGCCCUCAACAACGUGCUGCUGAUCGUGGACGAGCACACCGUGCAAAACUACGACAAGCUCAAGACCGACAUGGAUCGGUUGCGCCAGCUGGCUGAAACCACCGAAGUGUGGAUGGAUUUGACAUCCACGGCCGACUAUGACGUGGCCGACCACGUGUGCCAACUGCUCCACACCCUCACGGCAGCGUUGAACGUCGGCCAAGACGCGUCUGCUGCACUAGACAAGACCUUUGGCGAGGGCGAUGCUACGACGACUAGAGCAGCUCCUGUAGCUCCCCCCGUACAAAGGCAUAGCCAUCACCCCCCCAAAGGGGGGUCGCAAGUGGAAACGAAGCGCUUGCUUCGGAAUCUGGACGCCAUGCAGACCGUGAUCAACAUGCUGCGCGAUGGGAGCCACUUUUUCAAGAUGCAGUUCCCGUCGUCAGUGUCAGUAGCGACACAUCCCCCCGUGGACACCAGUAGCGUCGACAGCCCCCACGCCCACCAAUCCAUACACUGCAGUGUACAGCAGCAGCAGCGCGCCAUCCGCCGCGUGUUUUCGCACGGCAUGACGUUCUUGCUCGCCAUGUGCGUCGACAACGUCGUCAACCAAUCGUUUCUGGCCGACCACGUUGCCAGCUUUGUCGAGUUUGUGGACGAAUUGCCCGAGGCACAAGCGUUGAUUGCAGCGAUAUACACACACCACAUGCCACUGUGCAAGUCCGUGCCUGUCAAAGUACUCUCGGCAUUCAUGUCGCUCUUGGUUACCGACGUUGCUGUCCGCGCCAACAAAGCCCCCAACGCCCACCAGCCUCCUCCCAUUCGACUCCGCUUUGCCGCGUUUCUCCGCGCCAUAGUACACUGCCACGGCGUCCCCGUCGUCGACAACCAAACGCUCGUCUUGUCCCAAAUACUUCAGUCCCCCACACUGUUGGCUUUUUUCCGUCGGUGCCACGGGAUCGUGUUCAAGCACCUUCAUGACGACGACGACGGCGGCGGGAGGGAGGAUGCCAUGGUGGAGACGUUUGCGAUCUACACCGAGUGGACGGGCUUGGUGGUGGCUUGCGCCCGAGGCAAGGACAUGCGCUUGAAGCUCCUGUGUGCAGGUGUCACGCCGUUUGACCAAGUGCUAAGUCUACUCGAGGCGCUGUCAAGUAGGACCACGACCAGAAGCAGCAGGACGUUAGUACACGGUCGUGCGUGGCUGCACCCGUUCGAAGCGGGCGUGGUCGGGGCGUUGAACGAUAUUUACUUGACGUGCGACGCCUUCAACGAGCAUCCACUGGACGAUGCCUUGCUCUCGAGGCUCUUGCACACGGUGGGCACCCUCGUCGUUCAAUCAACCUGUAGCCACGUGCUGGCGCUGGCGUCGAUGGACAGCGAGGCUUCAUUAACAACCCCCAAGCCGUAUGUUAUCUUUGACGGCGGCAACGUAUACGUGGACGUGACGAUGGCCUCGUACAAAGGUCCGUUGGCCAGCGAAGUGGCCAGCCAUAGCUUUGUGAUGGUGUUUACGCUGCUGCUGCCGGCGCUCCACUUGAUGCUCAUGCACCAUCAUGCAGCGGCGUUGGGAAAGGACAUGUACGCCAGUGUGUACGUCAUGUUAGCCAUGGCGCUGACGAUGCCCACGGUGAAUGCGCUGUCCGCGGACGACCAAGACGUGCUGCUGGAGGUGCUUCGUGUGCUGGACAAACAACUGACGCCCAUGGAUGAAGCAGGGAGAGGAGGAGGGGCGGCGGUGGUCGCGUGUGGACUCGAAAUGCUCUUCUACGACGUAUCCAGUCGGACCAAGCGUCCAUUUCUCGGAAACGUCGUGGCGAACGACGACUUGAGCCCACUGGCUUUGAUUCAAAAACUGUACGACACGUAUGGCAACCUAGUAGUCCUUGUACCUCCCGGUCGAAAACCCGCCGCCGCCAUCGUUCACAGUGCGACGACCGCUGCGGCCAAGAAGCUAUCUGUGAUCCACGAUGCAGUCCUCCUUCCGCCGACGACUUCUCCAAUCCGCAAGUCGAAAGGCGGGUCUACCAUGGCGGCCUCCUGGUGGUCAUGGCCUGGACUGCAUGCCGCCAAGAAGUAUUUCGUCCACUCGAAGCAUCCAGGUCAAGCUAUCGCGUCAUCCCCUCGUCGGACUCCACGGCAAAAACAGCUUGACAAGGUCAUCGUGGUCGCCACCGCCUCAAUCGACCACGAAGCCGCCAUCUUGGACAGGUACCUCGCAUCAGUCCAGCGCGACGGCGCGACGCAGCACCUGUUGCAAGAGGAAUUGCACCACAUGAUUCGACGGAUUCUAUCGGUGGAGACUGCCAUGAAGCACGAGAGCGAGACGAUCUCGGAUCUGCCUAAGACCACCACCACCCUCGACGACAUUAUCUUGAGGCUGGUCGAACACUUCAAGCUGCUCAAGUACUCGAAACUGUCCAAAGUCAGUGUGAUCCUGCUCGACGUGUUUAGCCAAAUGAUCAACUCGCAAGACUUGAGCCAGCGCCAUGCCAUGCAAGUGCGUCUCAACCACCUCGGCCUGACGUCGCUCGUCGUGACGAUCGUCAGCUCCACCACCGACCCACUCGUGUUUGAUCGGUGUGUGGCGUUGGGGAUCGCUCUCUUGGACGGUAUGAACGCCAAAGUUCAAGACAAUUUCUACGAUAUUUGGGUCGACUGCAAAGCCACGCGCUUUUUCGAUCGCAUCAAGCAUCGCAUUGACAAGGCGACGGAUGUGAUGCGGCGACAGGCCCAAGUCGACGACAGUGUCGACGUGUAUGCUUCCAUCAAGCGCCCCCCCCACCGCCAAAAUGUGUGGACAGACACCGUCAUGUCUUCGUUCCCAUCCUCGUCGUCGUCGUUGACCGAUCCCACGCGCACGAUAGUGCACGUGUUCCGGUUCCUGCAGUUGCUGUGCGAAGGCCACGUGUUGAAGAUCCAGCGGGUUUUGCUAGCGCAGCCCUUGUGGCACGGCCAAGUGAACCUCGUCGAAGCCACGACGACCUUUCUUCUUGAAGUACACUCCCGGAUGACCAGUCCCAACUUGACCAUUCUCAAGCAGCUGUUUGACACUGUCACAGAGUUCUGCCAGGGGCCGUGCCUGGACGCGCAAGAGUGCGUGGCCAACUACAAGUUUAUUUCAGCCGUGAAUGAGCUGCUGGUCGUGGUUCCCCCGACGACGGGAAACGCCGACGCCAUCGCCCGCGUCCGACUGCUUAAAGGGUCCGUUGUGAUUGCCUUGUUGAGCUUGAUUGAAGGCCGCACGGACGCUAUCAUUCACGACCGACUGGUCACGGAACUCAACUUUGACACGAUCAAAGACAACUUGGUGCAAGUACAUGCGUACUUUUUAACGCAAUACGAUGGCACUUAUGAUGGCAAUUCAGCGUGCAGCACCGACGCGUACUUGACCAUGGGGUUCAACUUGCACAUUUUGAUGCAACAUCUCAAGCAACACCAGCCCCAACUGGCCCAAACGGUGCAGCCCAAAGUCGGGAGGUUGGGGCAAGAGAUGGCAGACUCUGAUGACCCUCAAAAGUCGUCAUGCUUGACAUGGCUGGGGGUUCCACGGCGCACUGCCGCCGCCGCCGCCAAACGUUCGCAUGCGAAACCAGCGACUUCUUUGGCCGACGCCCAAAAGGAUGUAUUGUAUGCGCAAGCGUAUCGGUUCUUCCAGGACAAAUGCGGUCGCGUGGAAAUUCUGUGGCGGCGCCUCGACGACGACGACAACAGCGACGACAGGACCAAACACGACCUGGUGCACAUGUAUUUUCCGGUGCACCCGAUCUGUUUUUGCUUGACGGAGCGGUCGAAAGCGCGGCUCAAGGCGACCAUCAACACGGACGGCGACGGCACGUCCAAACUCGCCGACUUCUUCUCGCGCAUGCCCACUUUGCUGCACGAGAUGGAGUACCACAGUCAGUUGCUGCAGCGGCGGCUCAUCACGCGGCUAGCAGUGCACACCACGUCCUUGCGCAAGCUGUCGUUUGUGCUGGCGCUAGCGUUGAACUGUGUCGUGCUAAUGACGUUUCGCGCGCUAGACAGCGACACCGAUCCUGUUGUGGACAUCCGGAGCUACGUGUUGCCAGCUUUCCCCGACGACGGCGACAGUGAGAUCCACGCCGUGCUGAGGAUCUUGGGCACGUGCCAAGUGAUCUUGUGUUCGAUCUUGUUUGUGUUGUAUGCAGUGCACACGGCGCCGCCGCUCGUGAUGGACCGGUGGUACCAGCGCAAGAAGCUCCAACUGCUCCAGCACAAACGUCCUCUUCGCGCCGUGGUGGCUUCGCAUGUUGCCAUCGAGAACCGGUUUCCAACGGCCGACACACGGCAUGACCACCACAAACGGUCACUGACAGACGUUGAAGAUUUAACGCGAUUGCUGGGGGAUCGAGUCGAGACAACGCCACCACGUCGCCAUCCGUUUAGCGUCGGCCUCAACAUUGUCGCUACGAUGUGGGUCCUGGUUGGGGAUGCGUACAUGGUGUACAGCGGUCUUCUGGUGGUAUUCUCCAUCCUUGGCACGGUCGUGCACCCGCUCUUCUUUGCAUUUCACUUGCUCGACGUCGUGAAUCGAUCCCAAGACCUGAAGAACGUACUCAAAGCCAUCGUGUACCCCGGGCGGUCGCUGCUUCUCCUCGUGGCGCUGUAUAUCCUCGUCGUGUACAUCUUUGCCGUGGUGGGGUUUUAUUUCUUUCGCCCCGACUACACGCCCGAGCGCAAGUCCAACCCGGACGCGCCCCUUCGCUGCUCGACGUUGUUCUUGUGCUUUCUUACCACAUUGGAUGAAGGCUUCAAGCAAAAUGGCGGACUUGGGGGGUUCCUCGUCCCCCGAGAGCGCGGCACCGACCCCCUUGCGUACCAGCGCAUGAUCUACGACUUGCUGUACAAUGUGAUCUUGAUCAUCAUUUUGGUCAACAUAUCGUUUGGCCUGAUCGUCGACACGUUUGCCACGAUUCGAACGUCGCACAAAGAUAAGCUAGAUGGGCUCCACGACCGAUGCUUCAUCUGCUCCAUCGACGGCUACACGUUUGACCGGCUCACGGCGCGGGGGUUCCACUUCCACACGCACAUGGAGCACAACAUGUGGCACUACCUGUGUCUGUUUGUGCACAUCAACAAGAAACCUGUGACAGAGUACGACGGCAUGGAGCUGGCGUUGGCCAUGCAGAUGGCAAGGUUCGACGUGACGUUCUUUCCCAAUCACCGUGCGAUGGCGUUGGAGCGAACGGCGGCGCAGACGACGGGGGAUGUGUGGAGGCAUGAUGACGGCGACCAUCAUCCUAGUGAUGCUACUGACGACAGACCGACGGCGUCUCAACUCGUUCGACCAACGGCGCAGCGGAUGGGGAUGCCAGGGGACCACUUCCAUGGCAAGGGGGGCAAGGGACUGUCGUCGCCCCAUCUAGGGCCUGCGUCGUCGCAGCAGUAUUCGGUGGAGAAGACGCUGAAUGACUUGGUCGAACACCAAGUUGCCAUGCGAGCACGACAAAACGAAAUGGAAGCGCUGCAGCGUCAGCUGGCCGCCGCCCAGGACUCCAUGAUGCAAUUGCUCACGGCUAAGCUAACUACGCCGCCUAUGACGUUGCAGAACGAAGCCCGUCCGUCCAGGCCAAAUCAAUUUACCUUCAACGACACCACCGACGACCAGCCACGAUAG